UUCUUCAUCACUCGCAGAGUAAUGCCUCAUCAGGCUCAUGGUCUGUAGACUAGUAGUAGUGCUGGUACACCGUACAGACAAGUAUUAUGGUUACCGGUAUGCGGCAUUUGCUGGUCCAAGCUGAAGUCCAUUCGAUUCAUAUCGCCCUGAACUCAAGUCACUACACUCUCUGUCGGUACUUGUGCAGGUUCUGAUGUUUCGAUUCUAAUAACUACUUAUUCUUACCGGUACCUCUCCGAAGAUGUCCUCCCCCAAACCGGACGGUACUUCACACGUGAGUGCGCCAGAUACUGCGACUGGUGCGCAGGAUUCGCGUACAACUUCAAGCGGAGACAGCCGCUCAGUUUCGGUGACCGGGGAUUCGUUAGACAAACCUGUCCCGGUCACCACUGUAGAUCGAACAGUCACUGCCAGUGCUACAGACCAACAUGUGCCCGUCACGUCCACAGAUCAGCCAGCACCGGCCAGUACUCCGGAUCAGGUUGUCCCCAUCGUCGCCGAUAGUGUCCCGAUGUCACUACGGACCCGCAGCACACUGGACAUCCUCUCUCUGGCCUGCAGUCUGCCCCAUGUCAAUCAUGUCUUUGAGAAGCUGCCGCAGCUCGAGAACAGACAGGCACACACACUUGCAGUCACCCUGCUCAGCCGUUACAAGGAACAGGGAGAACAAUACACGUCAUUGCUGAAUGACAUUGCAGCUGGCAAGGUGGUGGACCCACGAGACCGAGCACUGACCUUUGCCCUAAGCGGUGGAACUUACGGGGUAGUGCAACAAGGCACGAGAAAUACGGUCAACGGUGACGGAAACCUGGUGCAGGAUGAAGACGUGUCCAUUAUGCAGCAAGGCGUCGACAACACACUCAACAUUAACGUCUCCAUCGACGCAUUGUCCGUUGCAGGCGGGGAAGGCUAUCGUCCUGCAUCCACCAAGGAUGCACGCGAAUCGAUCACGACCGAAUUGAUGCGCUUUGUGCAGCGCUUCUCCAGAGGUGGUGGACUAGGCUCACAGCAGGAUCACUCCUCACCAGUCACUGGAACACCAGUGGACGACACUCCUGGCGAGGGAGAUGUGAACGAUCGCGGCAACUACACCGUCCGUCCCUCCUCGCUCUUCUCCCUCGGCCAGAACUGCAAGCAGGUGAUGGAGAGGAUGCUAGGACUCGGCGAUGGCAGCCCGGUGAAAGUGAGCAACGUCCAAGCGCUAGGCGAGGAUCGCAUACGCAUCACGUUGACGGAGAAGGACCCGGCACCAGCUUACUUGGGCAAGGAAACCGACCCGUCGACCCUUGUCAUACUGAAGCUGCGCGGUCCGCUGCACGAGUUUGAUCAGAAGAAGGACCUGUUCCGCCUGCAGACUGCCGGCCUGCUGGGCUGCCCGCCCGACGCCAUCAGCUUCAUACAGGCCACGCGCUCCGGCAGCGUUCGUCUUCUGGUUGCCAUGCCGACCAGCUGCUACGCACGUCUCCUGCAGCUGGCUCUCUUCCAGCCGUCCGUGCUGCGGGCCCUCGGCAUCUUCUGGCUGCAGCCCGUCUGCUUUCCGGCGUCCGUCAAUGUAGCUGAGGCUGUCGACGUGACCACCGUGACUAGCAUACUCGGCCGUGCGUGCUGCCGCACGAUCUGUGACAGCCUAUACGACGCGUAUCAGAUAAGUUCCGAUCAGCGCGUCGGCUUGUCCUCGCUCUCGCUGGUUUCUCACCUUCACGACCGGCUGCUCGACGCGCAGAUUCCUGCCGACAAGGUCGCCACGGCAACCAACGAAGCGCACGCCAAGCUCGCCCGUUGCCUGGACGACAUUCGGCAUGCAAGUCCCGACGGCACGGGCGAUGGCAGCGGGCAACACCGCCAGUGCAUUGCCGAACUCCUGGCACUGGAGUUUGAGACGGGACGAGCGCAUCGCGGUGUUGAUAUAUCCGCUGUGGCAAAGACUGUGCUUCAAUCGUUCCUAGGGAGCCGUGACGUUCACCUUCUGUCGGCGUCAGCUCGAUCCACGGGAUCCAGUGACAACACGCACAGUGUGUCAUUCCUGCAGCUUGCUUCACCGUCAUACAGGCCUAUCAGUACAGAGGCCAAGGAGGCCCUUCGGCUUGACACGCACGCACUCAGCCAGGAUGCCGCUGCGGCUCUGUCCGCUAGCCUGGCCAAGUGCCUGGCCCAGCUCUGUGCCGUGCAGGCAAGCAACGUGUCCGUUCGCACGCUGCCGCAGCCUCAGGCCAGUGCUCAGCCCAGCUCUGCAACCAUUACCAGCACCGGCACCACCACCACCACCGCCGCCAUGACGGGUGGGUCAGCUCCCGGACGAUUCCUUGCCAUUCUGCCGGCCAUGCUUGCACGCUACAUUGGCGAGCAGUGCCGCAAUAAGGACAGUGAGGUGUACAAGACUCUGGCACAGCAUGGCGUGUUGUCCGUUAAUCGCCUCCGUGGUCCGCAGAUAACGCUCUCUCAAUCUGGUGCAAGCCGAUCCUCCAUUGGCCAGUCUCUGCGCCGUGUCUUCUCCAGGCUCGGCAGGAAGAACACUUCCGGCCAAGAUGUUGUGGACGCUAUCUCGGCGCGGCGGGAGGAGAUCGUCAACUACCACUUCCCGUCGGUGACGACAGCUGCGCGGUUUCACCUGGCCGGACUGCGUACGGGAGACAUUGGCCAGCUGAACAUUGCAGUGGUGGGCAUGCAAGGUGCUGGUAAGAGUUUACUUGUCAAUAUGCUUGCGUCGGUGGUUAGUCAGAGUACGCAAUCACCGUGUCAUGUUGCCACCACAGCUAGCUCAGACGAAGGCUGCACUCGCUACGUGAGUCCAGGCUGGCAUUUCGGCGGUGUGUGCCUUGUCGACACCCCGCCCAUGGUCAUCUCAGACAAUGCCGAUGCUGCUGCUGUGGAGCUGGAGAUGAAACUGUGGGCGUACGGCGUGCUCGAGGGUCGUCUGAAUCACAAUGAGGACAUGCGACAGCUGAGUGAUGAGCGGCUUUCCGAGAUAACUGAGUGCCGUGCUGAGGCGCGUCCGUUGGCUGAACAAAUCCACGGCCUCAUCAUCGUGAUUGACGAGGGGAAAAUUCCACUCAAUGGCGACCUCAGUGCUAGCAACUACCCGAGAAGGCUCAAGGACUUCUACCGGAAGUUCACCAAGAACAGGCUGCGCUUCCGCGAAUGGAGCCGCUGGUGGUGGUGACCAACUGUGCCAAGCAUCCGUCAGAGAUGUACAUUGAUGCCGUUGUGCAACUAUCGAGAGCCAUGCAUGGAUCGCGGUUCUUCCUCGACAAUCAGUUAGGAAAAGAUCGUCAGUAUUCUGAUUCCAUGCAGCUUGAGGCACUGGAAAUACUCUCUGUUGUCACAAAUCAUGCUGAACUGUUCAUCCUUCGCCGCCAGCAACUUGAGAAGCAGCAAAGGGAAGACGCAACCAUCACGGAUUCCACCCCGUUAGACAUCAUGCUCAGCAAGACGUUGUCAAGCUAUGGCUUCAACAAGAACAGGUUACUAACAAUGGCACAGACACUGCAGUCGCGUGGUAUCAACAGCAAACUAGGCCUUCUCGACAGCUGGGACGUUGCGCGAAGUGCCAUCGGCUCAAACACGGUCCUCUUCGACAAGCUACAGGAGGAAAUGAGGAGACAGCAUGGACUGGUUUUUGCGCAGUGAGGUCCGUGUUUGGAAAUCACUGGUCUGAAUGUGAGAAGUGCUGCUAGUUAUUUGUGUGUGUGUGUGUGUGUGUGUGUGUGUGUGUGUGUGUGUGUGUGUGUGUGUGUGUGUGUGUGGUGUGUGUGUGUGUGUGUGUGCACGCGCGCGUGGGCGUGUGUGUGUGCAGUUUAUUCGUGUGAGCUCACGAUUAUCCGGCGAUUCUCAAUUUGAGCCCAUGUAAGCGUUCCUGAGCAUGCCCGCCCGCGCGCGCGCGUCCGUGCACAAUGGUGGGUGUACACAGCAUGCUUGGCACUGCCGAGUGAACAUGUUGCGCUCACUCAGUAAACACCGAGAGAAUGCGUCCGGUUCUCGCCACGUGCGCUUGCCACCACAGUUGAAGGAAAUGUGCUACACUGAGGUGUGCAACGUGUGCUUAGGAAUAACUGUCCUUUCAGCGGUUUGCUUUGUGUUAUCACGUAUAGCUGCACGGUGUUAGUCGGUGUGGAGUUCUGGAGGAAAGCGCUUUGUCUGCUGUAACAUGAUUUGGUGUCCGUUGACUGCGAACAGGCUGGGCUUGGCUGCGCUUCUUUCUAUCUACGUCGUCUCUAGGCUUGCCUGUUGUCAAACUUCCUCUAUAAAGAUGUUCAUUGCCAUAAUAAAUUAUAGUUUUCAAUAUCACAAUUUAAAUUUGUCCUCAGACUUUUCUCGUUUGCGUCUUUCCCUCAAACCAAUGAAUACAGAUUUGUUUUAUAUGAAAGAUUUUUAUAGGCCGGCCCUUUCUUUUCGAACUUAUUUUAUUCCUGCUACUAAUAUAAUGCAAAUUUCACUUUACACUUUUACAAUCUCCCCUCCAUUUCCCCUACAAUUGAUGUAUCUCUUCGAUGAUGCAACUUCUCUGAUUGUGUUAUCUCAGCAGUUACUUGAGCAAUCUCUGCAAAAACCUUUAGGCAGCUGGAUUGUUUUAUUGAAAAUUCGAAUGUUUGAAAGUCUCCUCACUACCAGA